UCUCUCUCUCUCUCUCUCUCUCUCUCUCUCUCUCUCUCUCUGAGAACAAAGAAUCAAGCCAAGCAGGAAAUUUGACCUGAGUCCUAAAAAAAAAGGUAAUCUCCACCCCUUCCUGCUCCAUCGCUUUUCAAAACAUCUGUGAGGUACACCACGGUGAUUAUUUUCUAGCAAUUUGCACUGCUGUUUGAAUUGAUCUCAUGCAUCAAUAAUAUGGUGAAAACUGAAGAACUUGGCUGACGUGUUUGUGGAAGAUGGGCAGACAACUCUUGGCAGUCAGCCUGGCUAUCAUAGGCUUCCUGGGCACCAUCCUAAUAUGUAUUCUGCCCAUGUGGAAAGUGUCGGCCUUCGUGGGAGCAAACAUCGUGACAGCGCAGGUGUUCUGGGAAGGCUUGUGGAUGGACUGUGUGAUGCAGAGCACUGGGCAGAUGCAAUGUAAGGCAUUUGACUCUGUUUUGGCUCUCUCUCAAGAUCUCCAGGCCACUCGAGCCUUGAUCUCAGUCUCAAUCGCUGUUGGUGUAGUCAGCAUUGGUUUAACAGUCGUCGGGGCCAGAUGUACUAACUUCUACCGUGAGGACCGUCACGCCAAAGCCAAGAUUGGAAUACUAGCCGGGGUGGGCUACAUCAUUGCAGGGCUACUGUGUCUGAUAGCUGUUAGCUGGUCAGCAUACACCAUCAUUGUAGGCUUCUACAAUCCUCUAGCUACAACAGUGAGUAGAGGAGAACUGGGGGCCUCUAUCUAUGUAGGAUGGGUGGCUGGUUUCCUCCUCGUUCUGGGAGGCAGCAUAUUCAUCAGCUCAUACUCCAACAGCUGCUGAUCAUUUGAACAGAAGGAUUUUCUUCAAGCUAUGAAAGAAGUGGAUGGAAAUGCCCCCUCAACUUUUUGUAGGCCUAGCUGCUUUAUGGACGUAGUGCUGGAAAAUGUAAAGCGGCUUUAUCAUUUCACUGUUUCAUUGAAGGGUACUAGAACAAUAAACAUAGUCAUGUUCAUAUUGCAACAUACUGAAAUGAACUGAGGGUUUACAGAAAAGGACUGUUAGCUGUUUCUGUUUCAAGCAAAACAGCUGUAAUAGCUUGUUGGACUUUCAACAGAAUUAUAAUCAUUUGUGUUGGAACAUUAUAUUCGUUUAUGUGGACUAAAGUGUUUUGGUGUUUUGUGGUAAUAAAUGAAUGCCAGAUUUGAAAUGAAUUAAAUCAAAAUUAAGAAAGGUGCAUUGCUAGUGAGUGAUUAAGAGCCAAAUAUUAGAGGCCUUAGUAAAACAUAUCCAAAGGGUAGUUGUGCUGGCUAGAAGGACACAAUAUAAAUAAGUAGUGAUUCAAACUAGCAAUUUAUUAUAACUUACAAAGGUCUCACCAGAUGCCAAAUGCACUUUUGCAGUAAAGUGCAAAACAAAUUUAAUAUUUUGUGAGAUCAGCAGUUUUAUCUGACUCUAUAUAUACUCUUUAUCACUGAAACAGCAUGUAAAUGUGGAGAAAGUAGGAUUGUACAAUAAAAAUAAUUACAGUAA